GAGGUAAAAAGGCCAACGAGAGCCCAUCAUAAAAUGGAACAAACCAAGUCUCUGAUUAGAAGAGAGGAUUCUAUAGCGGUAUAAUCGUGGUGGUGGUGAUUUUUGGGAAUUUUGAAGAGCCGUUAAACCCUAGAACGGACGGAGAAGAAAACCCUAGACCGGCGAAGAAGAUAAAUCAGAUUCGAUGUCGGAUAAUAAAGACCGUGAUUCCGAUUCCGAUGCUCCGGAGGAAUUAACCCAGGAGCAGGCGAAGCUGGAAGAGGAAGCACUGUGGAAAAUACAGAGAGAGAAUAAGAAUAGGGUUUCCCGUGAGAAGAAAGAGAGGCGCAAGCUUAUGGCAGAGCAAGUAACUCUCCGAAAAUCUCGAAAGAUUGAAAUAAUUGAGGAUGUAGUAGAAGAAGAAGAACCUGAGGAAAACUCUGAAGCUCUUGCAAACAAGGGAUUCCUUUCCAAAGACAUCAUAGACUUUCUUGCGGAGCGAGAAAAACAAAAAGCUGAGUCAGAUUCUGAAGAAGAAGAGAUCAUAGACGAACUCCCAAGAAAGAAAAAGCAAAAAAGCUCAGGGAUCGAAACGGUUAUUUACAAGGAGAUUCCACCACCAGAAUGCUUGAAAACCGGGUUAGAUUUCUUGAAGAUGAGGAGAGCGCAAGUCCCCAGAUCGUCUUCAGUCAUCAAGAACUCCGGCCAAGCUCUCCGACUUGCCACCGGUGCUGCUUUAGCCAAGAAACAGCGACAGAGAAAGUGAAAAUUAAGAUGUAAAAUUUUCAUGUGGGCUCAAUUCCAUAACAUUUUUGUUUUAGUUAGCCUUUUUGGCUACUUCUGCUGCUACCUACAUGUAUCAGAUAUUUAUUUAUUACUAAUAUUGUUCAAACGCUCUCAACACAAAACUCUUUAUGAAAUACAUCAACGUGAAGG